AUGGAGACGGCGGUGAGGCCCCUCACCAACGAGCAGCAGAGGCUCUCAGGAACCCGGCGUCUGCGUCCCUGCAUGCUGGGCACAGAGGUGCUGGGCAGGGAGCCCCUCCUCUGGCGGAUCCUGUCGGGGCAGGCUGGCAGGUGCCCGGGGGCCUUCAGUUCAUCUGGCCGGGGCGCCACGUCCUGCCGCCCCUUUUACCUGAGCAGGGCCCUGCCCACCAGGCAUAGUGACCACGGCCUCCUUGCAGCCGGCGCCGCCGAGGCCCCAGGCAGCGUCACGCAGGCCGCCGCCGCCACCGCCACCGCAGACUCCGCUGCCGCCAGAGAAACAGACCCCAUGAGAGGGCCCGAGUCCAGGACACGCAGGGUGCAGCCCUGCCACCGGCCCCCCAGGGCGCCAGCCGGGGCCCAUGAGAAGUCGAUGGGGAGCAGCAAUGAGGAGCCUCUGCACCAGCUGAGGCCGCUGGAGCACGAUGCAGACGCCCCGGACAACACCGAAGCUGCCGAGCCUCCAGCCACCCUUCUGGACGGGCAGGUGCCCACGGAGGAGAAGCCGCUGCCCCGCCCAGAACAGGGCCCCUUCUUCUACAUCGGAGGCAGCAACGGAGCGGCAAUAAUCAGCUCCUACUGCAAGGGCAAGGGUUGGCGGCGCACGCAGGACAGCCACCGUGAAGACUACAUGCUCAAGUGGUGUGAGGUCAAGAGCAGGGCCAACUACUGCAGCUUCCGGGAAGGCAAGCAGCUACUCUACCAGCUGCCCAACAACAAGCUCCUGACCACCAAGAUCGGGCUUCUCAGCGUGCUCCGGGAGUACUCACGUAACAACAAGACGCCACCUGGCACCCAGACCAGGGACCUGAGAAUGGAGGACUUCUUCCCAGAAACCUACCGCCUGGACAUCAAGGAGGAGAGAGAGGCUUUCUUUACCCUGUUCGACGACUCCCAGAUGUGGAUCUGUAAGCCCACUGCCUCCAACCAAGGCAAAGGCAUCUUCCUGCUCAGGAGCCAGGAGGAGGUCGCCGCCCUGCAGGCCAAGACCCAGAGUGCUGAGGAGGACCCCGUUUUCCGCAAGACGCCGAUCCGAAUGCCGCAGGCUCGGGUGGUGCAGAGGUACAUCCAGAACCCUCUGCUGCUGGACGGGAAGAAGUUUGAUGUGCGCUCCUACCUGCUCAUUGCCUGCACCGUGCCCUACAUGGUCUUCUUCGGCCAUGGCUAUGCUCGGCUCACACUCAAUCUCUACGACCCCCAUUCCAGAGACCUCAGCGGCCACUUGACCAACCAGUUCAUGCAGAAGAAGAGCCCCCUCUACGUGAUGUUCAAGGAGGAAACAGUAUGGAGCAUGGAGCACCUCAACCGCUACAUCAACGACAAGUUCCGAAAAGCCAAGGGUCUCCCCAGAGACUGGGUCUUCACCACUUUCACGAGACGUAUGCAGCAGAUCAUGGUGCACUGCUUCCUGGCCGUCAGAUCCAAGCUCGAGUGCAAACUCGGCUACUUUGACCUCAUCGGGUGUGACUUUCUGAUUGAUGAGAACUUCAAGGUGUGGCUGCUGGAGAUGAACUCGAACCCGGCACUGCACACCAACUGUGAAGUCCUGAAGAACGUGAUCCCCGCAGUGGUCAUGGAGACCCUAGACUUGGCACUGGAGACUUUCCAGAAGAGCCUGAACAGCCAGAGGAUGCGGCCACUCUUGUCACAGCGCCACUUCGUGCUCCUGCACAACGGUGAGAUGGACCUGUGGCCACGCCUGUGGGGGUCUCGCGGGGUCCCUCGCCUGCUGCCCAGCUUUGUGCCCCCCUCGCUCUGUGCCUCUGACCCUGAUAGGCUGGCCAGGCGCAGGCCGGCGCCCCCUCGGCGUCCCCCGUCGCCCGUCCCCAGCCCUGACCUCAUGCCUGGACAUGAGUGCGAGCGGUCACCCGAUUGCGAUCUCAGCCAAGAUAAGCUUCUCAGCGGGGGUGUGGCUGCAGUGCUGCUGGGCUUCGAAGCUUAUCUGCACCAAGCAGCCUCCGGCCCCCGCACGGGAUGUGGUUUCCAGAGUUCCUGGAGCAGUUCCCGGACAGAUGGGGCUUUCCGGGGCACAGAGGGGGCAGCUCCAGGUGGUUACCCUGCCUGA